CCGCAAUCUUCUCGUGGUAUAUUGCAGUAUACUGGAACUACAAUCCUCGCACAUCAGCAUUGGCACAAUGCCCUUCCCAUACAAGCACAUCCUCGUCAUUGGGGCAACCUCAGGCAUCGGCCGUGCCAUGGCUGAGCGCUUCGUCGAGAACGGCGCAAAGGUCAUUGUCGUCGGUCGUCGCAAGGAGCGUCUUGAUGCCUUUGUCUCCAAGUACGGCGAGAACAAGGCGCAGAGCAUGGUCUUUGAUAUCACGCAGACAGACAAGAUGCCGGAGUUCGUAAAAGAAAUUACUGCAAAGUAUCCGGAUAUCGACAGCGUCUACCUCAACGCCGGUGUUCAGCGUACACACGAUUUGACCCAGGAAGGGGGAUGGGAUCUCGAGGCGUUCAACAACGAAUUCCACACAAACUUUACGAGCGCGGUUUCGCUCGUUCAUGCGUUUUUGCCGUUUUUGAAACGCAAAGCCGAGACGCAGCCGGCGAGCUUUAUCUUUACCGGAACCAACCUUGCGAUUGUCCCUGCGGCUCCGAUGCCAGCUUACUCGGCAUCGAAGACGGCUCUGAAUGUGUUUGUCCUCUCUCUGCGUGAGCAGCUGAAACAGUCGAGCAAGCUCAAGGUGAUCGAAGUCUCGCCUCCUGCUGUUCAGACCGAACUGCACGACUACAUGGGUGCCCACGGCGCCACCAUCGGCAUGCCACUCGACCAGUUCAUCAAUGAGGCGUUUAGCGGGCUCCAGAAGGGUCUCGAUCAGGUUAUUGUCGGAAAUGUUGUGGAUAAUGAGACGUUCCAUGAUAUCGUUCAGAAGCGCCGGAGUUUGUUUGAAAAGUUGGCUGCGGCGAUGCGCAGUAUGCAUGGCAAGUAA